UCUCUCUCCCCCCCCACCCGCUCCUGCCAUCCACACGUCCGCAGUCCGCACACACCCCAGAGCAAGCGCCUGACCCAUGGCCGCCACCGCCGUCGCGGCGUCUCUGUCCGUGGCCCAGGGGCUCGGGAAGCCCCUCUGCGCCGGCAGCAACGCGUCGUCGCUCCGGGUCCUCGCGCCGCGUCGUUCGGCGGCCAGGAGGAUGGCCGUCGUCGUCCGGGCGUCCGCGCAACAGAAGCAGCACCCGGCCAAGGAGUGGGCGGCCGCGGCUGCCGUGGCGGCGGCGCUGGUGCUUCCCGAGGUCGCGGAGGCCGCGCCGGGGAUCUCGCCGUCGCUCAAGAACUUCCUCCUCAGCAUCGUCUCCGGAGGGGUCGUCCUCGUCGCCAUCGUCGGCGCCGUCGUCGCCGUCUCUAACUUCGAUCCCGUCAAGCGGGGCUGAUCGAGCUCAAACUACAUGCAUCGUUGUGUGUUGGUGUACCCUAUGUACUGAGAUCUCUUCUCCCGUGUAAACAGUGUUUUAAUAUUGCGUGAAUCUUUUGCCGCGUAAAUUUCGUUUCAUGCUCGCAUAGCCAUCGUCUGUAUGGCAUAUGACUAUAUGAGACAGAUUCAACAGCGCAUUCGGUCUGAUCUUUGCACAUA